GGUCAGUCAAAGAGAAUAAUUAGCCGGGCUACAAAAUUAAAAAAACUUUAAUGGUAGCUCAGCAAACUACACAUCUUACAUUUGCAUGCAGAUUAUGACUCAGUGAGUGAGGAACGGACUGUAUGACCCUGGACGUUUCAGUCAAGGAUGUUUAAAAGUGAAGGUGAUUCUAUCUGUGCUGAUUUUUCACUGAGAGGGUCCGUCAUCCUGCUUCUUCUGGGCUUAUGUAAUGCACAAGCCAGUUGCGAAUUCGGUAAAUGCUCUUCCUCGCCCUCUGCAGGCGUGAAGGUGAACUGCAGCUCUCAAGGUUUGACACACAUGCCCCACUUUCCGUCAGGUACUACAGAAAUCUACCUCCAAGAGAAUGAACUGGCUACAGUUCCACCAGGGUAUUUUGACAGGUUGCAGAACCUGCAACUGGUGAACCUUUCUGGAAAUCCUUUCCAUUGUGGAUGUGCGAUCCAAUACUUGCGUAACUGGCUGAAGGAACACAGCGCCAUAGCAACAACCAUCACCUGUGCUAGUCCAGUUACCCUGGCAAACAAAAAAAUCACUGAUCUUACUGAUGCAGAUUUAUCCUCCUGUAUCCCCAAACCUUGCUCUGGGACUUUGUUCAAUACUUUUAUGAUAUUUGCUCUUUGUGUUCUAAUUAUUUUGCUAGUCUGGAGUCUGAGACUUGCGAAAACAUCCACCUUCAUCCUAGGCAUAUAUGAGAGACACUCUGGCUUUGAGGCAGAGUCUCUGCGCUCUCUCAAACCAAAACACAAAAAGAGACUUCAGAACAUUCUAGAAGAUGAGAACAUAUUCACCAGUCCGAAUGAAGAACCUGAGCAACCUCUGCUCAACAUGGAGAUUUUACCACAAAUACUGGAUGUUUUACAUAAGAAACACAACAUUAAGAUAAAGGCAGUGUGACCAAAAUGAGCAGAAUUUCAGUUGUGUGCCUCUAUGUUCAUAUUCUCUGUUUUAGACACAGUAAUUGCAGGAAAAUGAACCACCAAUACCAUAGUACCAAACUGGACAAACACACAGUCUGUGUAUAACAGUCCAAGUUGAGAGGACAGACUUCUGUGCUGAUGAGUGUGACAAUUUGCAGUCCAGAUUUUCAUUGUACUUUGCUUUGUAAAUAUCAUGCAAUUACACCACUCUCUUAACAAAGCUCUUUAUUCCAACCCAGCAAAGUACAUGGCUACAUAA